AUGAAAAGGUUUUUUCAUCAAGGUCAAGAAGUAGCCAAAUGGAGGGGUAAUUGUAGGCCUAACAUACAACUGAAGCUUGAUGAAUUUGGGAAAUAUAUGAGGUUGUGGACAGCGGUGCCAAGUGGUGGUGAUGUGUUUGAGACUAGGUAUGGCUACAAUGGAUACAAGGUUGAUUUAGCUACUCACACUUGCACCUGCAACUUGUGGAUGUUUUCGAGCAUACCAUGUGUGCAUAGUCAAGCUGCAAUCAACUAUACCCACAAAGAUCCAAGUCAAUUCCUUUCUUCUUGGUUCCACAAGGACAAAUAUGUUGCAACAUACAGUCAGAACAUACAACCUGUAGGUAGAAGAAACUUGUGGCCAACGACUGGCUUUAUUAAACCAUUAUUACCCCCAGUUAGAAGGAUGCCUGGAAGACCCAAAGUAAAGACAGUGAAGCAUGCAUUUGACUCACAAGAUGCCAAAUACCCCUCACAAAGGUUAAAGGUUCCUAGGACUGUGAGGUGUGGAAAGUACCAACAACUUGGGGAUAAUAAGAUUGCAUGCACAAAUGAUGAGGUACCUAAGCCCCCUGUCCCAAAAAGGAAGAUUGGAAGACCUAGGAAAGAUGGGGGAGGCCAACCUAUCUUUGACCAAUUCCCUCCAGUUGGGCUUGCUAUACCAAGAAGGGAUGUUGCUCCUCCCCCAGUUUCAGAAUCUAGUGAUCGAGAUGGUGAGCCUGCUAUACCAAGAAGGGAUGUUGCUCCUCCCCCAGUUUUAGAAUCUGGUGAUCAAGUAGGUCGUCCUACUGUUAUUCCUAUAACAAGGACUAAGAUGAUGGCAAGGAGACGAGGGAAAGCUAAAGUGUUUGGAUCAAGGAACAAAACACCAAAUAAAACACCUAAUGGUAAGAAACAUAAGAGUCAAGCAAAGGAGGAUGUGUCCCUAACCUGUGAUGAGGAUUUUGAUGAUCUUUUUACCCAUGGUAAGCAACCUAUGAGUCAAGCAAAAGAGGAUGUUCAGGAACAAGAGAAUGACAAUGAGGUGAAGGUGAGUGAAAGACUUACUUUAAAGGAGUUGCUGUUAUCUGGAUAUACACAUGCUGAUGCAGUGGCUGCUAUGAAAGAGAUUUAUGGAGAAGUUGAGGAAAUAGAUGUUGAUGAAAGAGAUGUUCAGGAGAAAGAGAUUGAAGAAAGAGAGGUUGAGGAAGAAGAAGUUGAAGAGAGAGAGGUUGAGGAAGAAGAAGUUGAAGACAGAGUGGUUGAGGAAGAAGAAGUUGAAGACAGAGACGUUGGAGCAAGAAUGAUACCUUUGGGUCCUAGUUCUUACAAUUUCCAUUAG